GUGGGUCUCUAUCUGUUUAAAUGACUAAAGGAUGAGGUCGGCGAAAAUAAAUAAAUAGAUAGAUAAAUAGAUAGAUAUGGACUUGUCUUUACUCUACUCUCUUUGUUGGUCUUUUACUUGUCUCUUUUAUUAUUAUUUCUGUUAGCUGAUAAUAUACGAAGUAGACCCACAGCCCAAUAAAGACUUUCUCACGAUCAGACGUUUGUUUUGUUUUGUUUUGUUUUUGCCAAGUUAGCUAGCUAUUUUGUUCCGAACCCGGAAUUGCCACUACCGUAGAACCCGGGGAAAAACGCCCUUCUUCGGCGCCGGCUCGUCCCGUAAGUUCGGUGUAACAAAAGGGGAAAAGGGGGGGUUACCUUAGGUACAUAACCUAAACUAUGUCUUCCGGCGUGGACAAACUUCCCAUCGACUCGGAGAAGCCCGAGACCGAUUCGCAGCCGGACACGGCCUCCGUCGGCACACAAGAGUCUGUCGCGGAGGAGGAGGAGGAGGACCAGCGCCAGCCCGACGUAGCUCGUAUACGCUCCUCCUCGCUGGCGCGUAUACGGUCGAACAAUGGACACGGGUGCGCCGACUUAGACGAAGAAGCGGGCGACGCGACGGACGACACAACCGCGUCUGCGCAGCAGCGUCAUCAGGUUGCCGAAAAGGACCCCUUCGAGGUAUCGUGGGAUGGCGACGACGACCCCCUAUGUCCUCGGAGCAUGGCCACCGCCCGCAAGUGGCUUGCCGUGAUAACGGUUGGCGUGGGAAGUUUAUGCGUGACUUGUACGAGUUCUAUAUACGCGUCGACGUAUAGCCAGAUGAACCCAGAGUUCCACAUAUCGAGUAUUGUCGGCACCCUCGGGUUAUCGCUUUUCGUCCUCGGGAUUGCUCUUGGUCCCCUUCUCAUGAGUCCGCUGAGCGAGUUUAUUGGGAGGCGGCCGAUUUACCUAGCUUCCUGGGCCAUGUUUUUGAUAUGGUUGAUACCGAGUGCCCUGGCUCGCAACAUUGCGACUAUGUUGGUUGCGCGAUUUAUCGACGGGUUUGCCGGAAGUUCGUUUCUCAGCGUCGCUGGUGGUACCGUCAGUGACAUGUUCAGACGCGACCAGAUCCAGGCACCGAUGGUUAUAGUAUCGCUGAGCCCCUUUAUUGGACCUAGUCUAGGUCCUCUCCUCGGUGGCUUUAUUAAUUACAAUACGAGCUGGAGGUGGACGCACUACACAAUGAUCAUCUGGGCUUUUGCUGAGUUUAUCAUGAUUCUUAUCUUCGCUCCGGAAACAUACCAUCCCAUUAAGCUCCGUGAGAAAGCCAGAAAACUAAGGAAAGAAACCGGCGACGAGAGGUGGAAGUCGCCUAUGGAGAAGUCGUCCAAGUCUGUCGCAUUGACUGUUGGAUACUCCCUCCUUCGACCAUUCGAACUCCUAAUCUUUGAGCCCAUGUGCUUAUUGCUUUGUCUUUUCUCUGCUAUUUUGCUGGGCGUCCUGUACCUGUUUUUCGGGGCGUUCCCCCUAGUCUUUGGUAACACCUACGGCUUCAACCUCUGGCAAACGGGUCUAUGCUUCCUCGGUAUUUUUUUCGGAAUGCUUGUCGCCGCGGCGACUGACCCCAUAUGGCGCCGCAUCAACUACCGACUUCUCGAACAACACAAUGGCGUCCCCGAACCGGAAUUCCGACUGCCAUCAGCGAUUGCAGGUGCGGUUUUAGUCCCCAUUGGGCUCUUUAUAUUCGCGUGGACGGCGUACCCGUGGAUCCAUUGGAUAGGACCUAUUAUCGGCUCAGGUAUAUUUGGCUCCGGCACGCUCUUGGUGUUCACCGGAAUAUUCACCUUCCUCGUGGAUGCAUACCCACACUACGCUGCUUCAGCACUUGCUGCCAAUAGCUUCGUCCGGUGUACUUUUGCUGCUGCGUUCCCCCUUUUCGGAAUACAGAUGUACGAUAAACUCGGUUAUCAAUGGGGAUCUAGCGUGCUGGCAUUCCUGACGGUAGCGAUGAUGCCUUUCCCGUACCUAUUUUUCCGAUAUGGAAAGCAAAUCCGGAAGAAGAGUAGAUUUGCUAAUUAAGAGAGGCGGGAUACGUAUUAUGUUACGAGCUGUAUUGAUACAAAAGAUGGCACGAGUUGUUUAAUGUAAUGAAGAUUUAGAACGCAGCCAAAAGUAAAUACGGUUGUGAAUGAUGGACCACAUUAUUAAUACAUA